AGUAUAGGCAGAGGAAGAUUCUUUCUGUUCUCCCUUCCUCCCAGACCCACAAGCACACACCUUGUCAGUUGCCCGGCGACCAAGCAAGCACAACAGCUCACCUAUCGGGAAAGCCAACCCUCUAUCACACGCAUGGUUUAUCUAGUUUCUUUAUCACUUCUAUUUAAUAUUUCAUCUAUUUACUAUAAUUUUUUUCACUAAUAUUUUCAACAUAAAUCUCACUGUAAAUAAAUAGUCUUAUAGCCUGCAUGUCGGCAAAAAGCAACUGGAAUUUUCUUCCCUUCCCUCACCUGUCCACCCAUCCAUUCAUCUCCCUCAUGCAUUCUCGUUUUGUCUGCCUGAUCACGACAUGGACAUGCCAAUAUGCCGUGCGGUGCCGCCGUCGCUCCUCGACCUCAUGAGCCUCUCUCCUUCCCGUGGUGCGGCCUCGACAACACCGCCGUCACCGGCGGAAGAAGGCCGCCGUGCCACGGUGCAGAUGGUGCCGAGGGACGUGUCCGACGAGCUCCUCGGCAAGUUCCAGGACACCGGCGAGUUCGGGUUCGAGUACGGCAGGAGCGGCCUCUGGUCGCCUCUGGUGCUGCGGCCCGAGGUCCUUGCCAGCGCUCAGGCUGCCUCAAGCAGAGGCCGAGGGAGGCACGGCCGGAGCUGGAGGAGGAAGGUUGGUACGCAGUUGUUCUGCUGCUGGUGAAAUGCAUUCACGCAUCAUGGGUGUGUUGAGAAGGUAAUGGGGCUCGUGAUUUCUUACUGCAGUUUAGGGGGAGUCUGUUCAUGUAAUUAUGGGAGUUUUCUACGUUACUUUAAAAAAAAGGAAUGUACUUCGUAAUUUUUGCUGAGAAAAUAGUAAUUUGUACUGUGAAAAUGUAAAGAUGCCGGUAGGAUACUCAUGGGCAUGUAUGUAGUGGUGCGUUCACUGAUUUGUAGUUUGCUCAGAGUCCUGAUAAGUAUGCAAAAUACAUCAAUGUUGCAUGCAAUGCUGUAGCUAUUACUUCUUGAAAGAUCCAGCGUUGUCGGCUUCGGCAUAUAUACCUCCUUUCUUUUGGGGGCUCGUUUCAAUAUACUCUGUUUUCACGUUA